AUGCCUUCCAGCCCGCGAGCAUUGAUUAAGAUGCGCAGAUACACAGUUCCACAACAGGAAGUCCAAGUUAAAGAUGAUGAAAACUUCCCACAUCUUCUCGAUGCAUUGGAUCUCCAUCAGAUCUAUGAACCGAUAUCACCUCCUACAAUCAUUUACGAGUCCCCUGUACUUUCAUCCGAAGGGCACAUGCCACGACUGCUGCAUUGGAGAGCUGAGCAGAGUGGUAAUCUCGAUUUUUUGCGAGAAGAAGUCUCAUACUUCGUCAUCGGCUUCAAGCUAGAUGAUUUACCAGAUAUGAUAACUUCCUAUCUUCCUGGUUUGAGAACAGACACUCUCCCCGGAUCCUUUGCCCAUCUUCUUUUCUCGCUGUUUGGCCCAUUCGAGGAAGUUGCUGAGCUCCAGCGAUCUCUGAGCAAUAUCCCGGACUAUUUUAAUGACUACAGACACCGAGCAAUGUUUGCGAACAGAAUUCGAAACAUCAAUCGCGAGCCAAAGGAUUUCAAGUGUGGUGCUACCUUCGCGCCUCAGCUCCCGCCGUCCUGGAAUGGUGAAUGGUGCAGGAAAUCCGACGAAUCUUUAUUCUCUCGUGAGCUGCGAAUGCUCAGGGACUUGGUGGAACCUCUACGUGAUACAUCCAAGCCUAUUUACUGGAUCACGGACCGACUUGAGACUGCUGUGGAGAUGGACACUGGAUUCCUGGCGUCUAAAGAAUUGAUCGCAGAUUUCAAGAAGGAGCUCUAUGAGACCGCGUGGAAUCGCCGCAAGAACUACACAAUCUAUGACCCCCGUCCUACCUGGGACAAACAACAGAAAGCAACAAAGCAGCUCAGAGAAUACCGCCUGCAAGCCUUGGAGGAGCAGUACGACAAGAGAGUCCUGGCCGCAAAGCAAUCCGCCAUUGACAACAAUCCCAAAGCCGCUCAAGCCCUCGGAUUCCUGUCACCAGAGAACCCUCAACCACCAACAGUCCUAGUCUCAAGCCAACCAGGCAUUGAACUCGCACGCAUCACCGACCUUGACCACUACGACGACCAAAUCAUGAUCAUACUGAUUCGGAUCAGCCAAUGUCCAUCUGUUCUGCGACAUCGUCCACUCUUCACCAUCUACGGCGUCGACGUAGCAAACGCCGUUCAAGUGGAGUUCUGCAAGCAUCUAACCAGCUUGUCAUUAUUCGGUUGGGACCAUGUCGAAUUGUCACCGUUGUUUCCCUAUCUGGAAAGCGAGAUCGAGGCACACGAGCUCUGUCCCGAAGAAAUCCGGAAUCAGAAUGCACGGAACAACUGGGCCGAGAAGCAGUUGAUGAUUCACUCCUCGCUUUGGUGUAAGGAUGAUAACGCUAUUGCCUGGGACUACCCCCUGCAGACCCUUGUAUGGGAGAAGGAGGAUGGCCCGGUGCUUAGGCUUAGGUCUCCUCCUUUCCAGGAUCACGCUAGACACAUUCCCUGGGGUUUGGUUGAUAUGAUGAAGGAAGGGCUAUGGGUUGGGGAUUAUGAGGAUCAAUGGCUGGCGCAGUUCGUGGGGUUCAACAGUGAGUACUCCGGUGGCCACUCUUUCCGCGGUGAAGAAUGA